AUGGCCUUCAGAAUCUCCCUCAUUCUCAUGACCUACCUGUUACAAUGUUCCAACGGAGUUCCUCUUCAGGUAUUUACAUUUAAUUGUGAUUUUUCUGCAGGCAUCAGUAUUUUUUAUUUCCAUGUAUUAAUUUUUUAUAAAAAAAAUUGGGACUAUUGCAAAAUACAGAUAGGGCAUGAAUAUUAAUUGUUAUUUUUUUCUGAUUUCUAAUAUUUGUAUACAAUAUGAUAAAAAGACAGAGAUGUGGCUAGACUGGUAUAUCUCAAUGUUUGUACAUAUUUGUGUGUAUGUGUAUACAUAUAUCUUGCUCUCUCUACCUAUCUCUCUAUCUAUAGGUGUAUGUUUUAUAUACUUACAAUCUCUUGUAAUUAUUUCUUAUGUAUCUGUUUAUUUUCAGAUUAAUUUUGGAGACCUCGUCAAAGAAGGUAUGUAUUUUAUAAACAGUUUUUUAGUUUUUUGCUAUAUAUCCCUAUCGGAGAUAUUUUCAAUUUAUUGUUGUUCUGCACAUUAGCUUACAAUUAAGAUAUAACAAGUUGUAUUAACAGAAGAAUAGUUCUACUAAGUACUAACUUACUAAGUAUGUUGUAUAAAGGCGUGGACUAUAGUUCGUUAUUUCAUUCGUUUUUGAAGUACAAAUGCCAUAUUGACGCAAUCAUAUAUUCUGCCGGUUAUUAAAGAAUGUUCCGGGGAUAGAAAUGUAAAACCAUCAUCAAUAAAACCAAUGGAAUGUUCCUUACGGAUUGAUUUAAAGUAGCAAACAGAAUUACAUUCUUUAUACUCAGUCCAACUAGAUACAAACUCCUGGUGGGAAUUCCUGUUCAUCAUUUAGUCCAUUCACUUUGAACAGGUAAAAUAAAUCUUGCAGAUAAGGAGGUGAUUCUGCUUUUUGUAUGAAUUAUAUUAUAUGAACUAUAUGUGUGUAUAUGCAAUUCUCUGAGUAGUACGUUUUUCUCCUGGUCGGUAAAUCCAGCCCUGUACAUCUUACGGUAACACGGAAACUUUAUAAAAAAAAAACGAAAAUAAAACAUAUUUUAACUAAAACGGGAAUUGCACAGGAUUGCGGAGGGAAUUGUCAAAUUCGAAAAAUUGUUGAGUAGGAGACUUUCCUAUUUAAUUUCGGUUAUUUUAGUUUAAACAAUUCUGCUAUUAUUCCCAGUUUAACAUACCUCACUGUAAUCCUUACUGUGUGUAAAACCCUAUUUAAUACAUUAUUAUCUCUUCCAGCAGACAUUCCCAAAGAGGACCCAACACCAGAGCCUUCGGAUGUUUUUGGUGUCAUUGAAUCUUCCAACAAAGGUAUAAUGUUUAUUUAGAUUUUCCCUUUUUAUGUAAAAUAUACAUUGGUAAUACAAUUAAACCUGUUAAACACAGGAUGUUCUUUUCAUCAAGUCUGGCAGUUGCCACUAGAAGAACUUCCUGCAUUUACACUGAGUUUGACUCUGUGAAACAUUAGAUGUCCGUUGUACGAGGACAUCCAGCGUGUUUAAUGCCCCAUAGAAAAGCAUUGAGUGAAUGCUUUCCUAUGGGGAAGACCUGCAUGGGCAUUAGUUUCCCCUCAUUGGCUGACGUCAACAGAGGAAGAGCCCACCCAAGCUCCCAGGGACAUUGGUGCUGGAAUAACGUAAGUGAUUAUAAGGCUAAUUAACCUUUUCCUGCAGUUUCUACAAAACUGUAAUAUUUGACAUUGAAGGGUUAGAACUACAGGGCCACUGCACCCAGACCACGUUUAUUUCCAUAACAUUGAAAGAAUGAGGGAAAUAGACAGACUAUGAUGCCUAGAUAAAUAGACAGACUAACUGCGCACACUUUGUUUGUAGUUUGAGAAAACUAAUUUUUUUAUCUCGGCAUUCAGGAAGUAAAAGACCUACUAUUGAAGGCGACAUAGCUGUGAAAAUUGGCCGCAGCGCUAUAAAGUGCGACAAUGAUAUGUGCCGGUGGAAUAAGGACAGAAACGGAACAGUCAACGUCCCAUUCAUAAUCUCUGCUGACUUCAGUAAGUAAUAACUAUAUAAUAAGGAAAUACCUUUUAUUUUCAUUUUAUUUUUUAUUUUUGUCUCAAUCCACAAGCAUAUGAUAUACAGAUGAUCUCAUGUAGCAACACAAUACUCUGAGGAAUACAUAACAUAACACACCAUAAAAGAGCCCAGUGCAAUCAGCAAGUGGACUGAGGGUUUUGCAUUGUAAAAGUCAGGGCAUAAUAGAGUAGACAGCAGAUUACAUGCACGUAAUAAUAAUAAAGAUAACAUACAAAACAAAAUAACAGAAUGAUAGAAUCAAUAACAUUACAAAAGGGGAAAAACAAUGUCCUUGUCUUCCUCCAGUUUUAAUUAUCUCAUUCCAAAAGCCAAAUUAGAGUAUUGUAGAGUAAUGUUCCAGUGACAGUCAGCAGUCUUACCUUCUGCUAAUUAUAGCGAAUCGAAAUUUAAAUGGAAAAAUAAAAGUAACAAUAUACCAGCGAUGAUAUGGGUAGAAAAGUGGAGUUAGAAAAUGAUUCCAGAUCAGCUACUUUAUAAUAUGUAUCAUUUUUAUUACAUUUUAACAUCUCCUGAUUCCCUCCUCAGGUGCCCAAGAGUUGGAUGUUAUUACUACCGCUAUGCAAGAUUUUGCCACACUGACCUGUGUGCGUUUUGUCCCCCGCUCCUCGGAAGCUGAUUACUUGAUGAUUAUUCCUGACUCGGGGUAUGUGAUCAUAUUAAUGCGUUGGGGUAUAUUUACUAAACAUUAGGUUGCAAAAUAUAGGCCUAAAGAAUGGUUACACCUAGCUACGUGUGCCAUGUUUGAAUGCAGGGGGUGUGGUUUCAGCUCAGGGGGUGUGGUUUCAGCUAACUGUGUGUUCUGUGAUGGUGUGCAGGGGGUGUGGUUUCAGCUAGCUGUGUGUUAUAUGAUGGAAUGCAGAGGGUGUGGUUUCAGUUAGCUGUGUGUUCUAUGAUGGAAUGCAGGGGGUGUGGUUUCAGCUAGCUAUGUGCGCCAUGUUUGAAUGCAGGGGUUGUGGUUUCAGCUAAGGGGGUGUGGUUUCAGCUAACUAUGUGUUCUAUGAUGGAAUGCAAGGGGUGUGGUUUCAGCCAGCUGUGUGUUCUAUGAUAGAAUGCAGAGGGUGUGGUUUCAGCCAGCUGUGUGUUCUAUGAUGGAAUGCAGGGGGUGUGGUUUCAGCCAGCUGUGUGUUCUAUGAUAGAAUGCAGAGGGUGUGGUUUCAGCUAGCUGUGUGUUCUAUGAUGUAAUGCAGAGGGAGUGGUUUAACAAAUGUCACUGAGAACAAAUGAUGCCAGUUAUGGACCAUGGGAAUAUUGUGCUUACAGUCCAUCCGUAUAAUCAAACCUCUUGUUUGCAGGUGUUGGUCCUAUGUUGGUAAAAUGGGCGGACCCCAGGAGGUAUCACUUUCAAAGGACAGCUGUGUAACCAAGGGGAUAGCCCAGCAUGAGCUGAACCAUGCCUUGGGAUUCUUCCACGAGCACAGCAGGAGCGACCGCGAUAACUACAUUGACAUAAAUACAAACAAUAUCAUUGUCGGUAAGCAGACCAAGGAGGAAAGAAGUCACAUUUAACCUUUAUUAAAGGGACACUGUAGUCACCAGAACAACUUUAGCUUCAUGAAGCAGUGUUGGUGUAUAGAUCAUGCUCCUGCAAUCUCACUGCUCAAUUCAAUUUCUAAGGAUAGAAAAUUUCUAUACGUUUACUUGUGACAGCCGAUCAAUGAUACACUGCUAUCCCUUCCCUGCUGGUGCUCAUUAGCCAAGCAGAGGAGGACUGACAGUCUUAAACCAUUCAAACACCAUGCAGCCAAAAAUGAGCGGUGUCUGUUAGCAGUGAUGGUUAGCCUCAGUAUUGCAAACAUUUCUAAAGUACAUUUCUCUUGAUUCUCAAUAAGCCUUCCUUAUAUACCGGAGAUCAGUGCGUCAUGAAGUUAACUAGAUGUUAUUUUAAUUUUCUAGGACUGGCUGACAACUUUGACAAGUAUGAUACCAAUAAUCUGGGCCUAGAAUACGAUUAUUCUUCUGUUAUGCACUAUGGAAGGUAAGGCGAGUGGCUCAUUAAGUUGUUAAUAUGUUAAUAUGUAGGGGAAGGAUGACGAUUGGUUAAACUCUGGUAACCCAGAGCAAUUACUUUACUGUCACCAGAUGGGUUAAUAAACAGUGAGUUAAAUUACAUUUUUGAAUUAUCAUUUUUAAUGUAUGUGUAAAAGCACCAAUAUUUAGUGAAUAAAGUUCUUAGUCUAACAUGAAAUUCUUUGGAACAGAAAAUGUAAAAAUAUUAAAGUUUAAUUCAGCGCUUAUGUUGGUACAAGUUGUCACAAAGAAAUUUCAAUUUCAAUUUGAAGGGAUCUCAAUUUGUAACGUUGUCCACAUCUGUAAAGUAGUCCUGGUUUGUAAAGUAGUCACGUUUUGGGGUCUUCUUUUAGGCUGAUAAUGGACAGAACGGAAAGAUGUUAAUGUGAAAACAAGUAAUCAUGUUUAAGACACAUUCCAUUUAACAUUGGAGAACUUCUAUUCUUUUUCUAGGUUUUCCUUCUCCAUAUCGCAGAAUUUAGCCACCAUUGUCCCGAAGCCAAACUCAAGUGUAGCCAUUGGUCAGCGAUACGGACUCAGUAACUUGGAUAUUUCCAAAAUAAACAAUCUGUACAAGUGUGGUAAGUAAUGAUGCGAUCACUAGACAUCUGUCAAGUCCAAAACAAUUCAGUGACCUAAAGGAAAUGUCUGACCUUAAGUACUGAGCAAUUACUUUCCAUCAUAACUGAUACCUUAUUAAUUGCUCUAAAUGGACACUUUCAGAUCGGUUAAGUUCUGAUCGAAAGUUGCAAUGCUGCCAAAGCUUCAUGGCAUGCAUAAAAUAAAUCCAUAAACAGAUUAUAUGGAAUAUAUUUUUUCUCCCAGACAUACAAACCGCACCCAAUAGAACUAAGAACUCUCUUUUUCAUUAUUAUUUAUUUCCGUUUUAGAUGCCUGCAGCACCUUAUUGCCUGACUCUACAGGAUCAUUUGUUUCUGCUAAUUACCCCAACAACUACCACAAUAAUGCCAAAUGUUUCUGGCUUAUUCGAGUCCCUUCAGAUCAGGUAACUAAUAAAGAACAGAUCUUCGGAACAAUCAGAACACCUUGUCUAAUGGAUGGAGUAAAAUCCAAACUUUCUAUUCAUUGCUAAGCUGUGUUCUCUCUCCCAGGUGUUCUUGAAGUUUAGUGCCUUCAAUGUGCAGGGAUCCCCUAGCUGCUCCUCUGAUUACUUAAAGGUCUACGAUGGAGCCAAUACAUCAUCACCAGUACUACUGGACAGAGCAUGCGGCACAGGACAGGUCCCCUCUUUGGUAUCUUCAGGGAAUAUGAUGCUUCUUGAAUUUGCCAGCGAUUCCAGCUUAACAGCUACAGGUUUCAAGGGCUCAUAUAACACUGGUAAGAAUACAGUACAGUUUAUUUGUGUUUUAAACAUAUGUUAUUCACUAUACAAGUUAUAGGACGCUAUAGUUCUCCUUUAAGAAAACCAAGUGAAAAGAAUUGGGGCACAGAUCUUACACAACUUCUACGUUUAAAGGACACCCUGACUGUGUCACCAACUAAUGUCACUAACUCCUUAACUAUAAAACUCCUUAACCAUAAAACGAUUCUAGUUUGCCCUUGAAGUUCUCAGACUACUAAUUUUAAACUCUGCUCUUUUACCUUUUGACUCAAUUCUAUCCUUCAGAUUGUAAGAUCACAAAUCAUCACUUUACAAUGUAUUUGUUGCACUAAUUUGUCAUUGCCUGAGAUAUAUGUAUAGAUGUGAAUACACACACACAUAUUAUAUAGUGAAAUAAUAUCUAAUGGCGAGUUAUGUGUAUGUAUGCACCAAAAUCAAAAAUAAUCUUUACUUCCUCCCUAGUAAAAUGUGGAUCCACGCUUACCAGCUACUCUGGGGUCUUCUCCUCUCCAAAUUACCCAUCCAGUUACCCUGCUUUAGCACAAUGUACAUGGGUGAUCAUUGCUCCAGUGGGAUUUAAGGUAAAUAAAAAGAUUAAUUCUCAGUAUGUAAUUUUUCCGUGCGAUCUUUACAGCCCCCAUUUCUUGAUGGCAAGAUGAAUCAUGGAAAUUGGAAUAUUCUUAAAACAUGCUGUUUGUAGCAAUGACCAUACUCUGUAUCUAACUUCCUCGAAAAUGGAAAUUACAGACAGUAAGCACCAUUCAUUUAUUGGAUAAAAUCAAGCACACGUUACCAGGAUAUGAAGGAACAGUCAGUCAUUCAAAUGUCCAAUAUUUAAUCAUUUCAAAAUUCUUAAUUUGAGGUUAAGUACGAAAAAAUCACUUACCUCCUGCUAUUUAUUCUUAAUAUGGAUUUAAUGAAUAAAGCCACUAAUUAUCCUUGAGGUUUGGUUUUGAGAACAACUGCUCUAAAUCAUUUCUGUUCCUUUAAAAAAAUUUAAAUAAUAUGUAAGUACGCGUGUCUUGAAGUUCCACCUUAUAUUCCUGCAAUGUAACUGGAUUUCUAAUCUCAUUCUCUAGGUGUCUUUGAAUAUGACAGAUUUUUAUUUGGAGAUUCAGCGUUCCUGCUCUAAUGACUAUUUGGUUUUCUAUGAUGGACCCACACCAACAUCUCCACAGAUUGGCAAAUACUGUAGUAUGGCCAAAGUUCCCACCAUAACAUCCACCAAAAAUUAUCUCGUCAUUCAGUUUGUCAGUGAUGAGUCUGUACAGACUAGAGGAUUCCUGGCCAAAUACGCAUUUGGUAAGUUGUGGUAGAACAAUAUCAGAAUCAAAAAUGUGUUUCUAGCCCCUGUAUAGGAACAUGGAAAGAAAAAUAUGGGCUAUAUUUAUUUGACAUAUAAUUCAACAUUAAUAUGUUAUUAUAGAAGUAGUAAAGAACAGGGAAUUACAUUUUAUAUAGAUUUGAUUGUCUUAAAACGAUGCUUAGUGAUGUUUUUUUUGCUUGAGAAACGCAGUAACAAGUGGUUCUGUUGUGUAGAAUUCUGGAAUCCCCUGUAAUAUUGGACCAACUGUUGGAUUAUUUCUGCAUAAAAAACAAAUACGAUAAUAACAAAAAAUAAAAAAUAAAAAAAGACACGUUUUGCACAUAAAGCAUUUCAACAAGCUAAAGUGAUUUAGAGAUUGGUAGUAUCUGUUUAAGAAAUAUACACAGUAUUAUUAUUAUAGUCUCUUGUUAUAGCCAUAUGGUCCAUCUUUUUGCAAUGUAACUUACUGUUUCUUCAUUGAGUGACUCAGAACAUUUUUUUUUAAUAUAUUUUCUUUUACAGUGCCGCAGAAUUAAAACAGUCCCCAGCUACAGAUGAACUCAUGGUCAUUUCAACUUAUUACGAUUACACAAAUAUUGCCAAUACUGUGAUCAUGGAAACAUUAACAAAAUCAAAGAUGAUAUUGUAUUUUUAAUUUUGCAUUAUAUUUAUUUUAAUAAACAAUUGUUUUGUUAUGUUUAUGGUAUCUGCUUGUUUCAGUGGGUUUACUUGAUUCUAUUCUCUUCCAGAGUGUUGUCUGUGGGUUUUUUUCCCCUAAGGUGACUUUAUAGAAAGUGUUAGUUUAAGAUGUUUUGGUGAAUCUCUGACACUCCAUUUGUUAGAUAGGAAUAGGAAAGUAGUGUGUAAUGCUACUUUAUGGGGUGGAAUAUUGAUAAUACAAUUAUUUUUAUUUUAUUUGUAAAUCUCUUUUUAUUGUAAUAGUGUGAGAGAAAGAAGAGAAAUAGUUGUAGGCACGCAGGCCUCAAUAUAGACAUAUAUGUAAACAAGACACACAGAUACAUCUUGUACAAGCACAUAGGCAGUGUCAACGUUUGCAUUGCUACUUAAGUGCUUUCCAAAACCACAUUAUAAUGGCAUAUAUUAUUGUACCAUGAGAUGCAGAACAUUCUCCAGUAGUAACCUCUGUCUGGCCCUUCCUGUGUUACUAUAAGUGACCCAGUGCUAUAUGUAAAGUUCAAUCAUUGCCCAUCACUAGUGAUGUCCCGAACGGUUCGCCGAACGGUUCGUGAACGGUUCGCCACGAACGGUUCGCCACGGACUCAUCAUUGAGUAAACUUUGACCCUGUACCUCACAGUCAGCAGACACACUCCAGCCAAUCAGCAGCAGACCCUCCCUCCCAGACCCUCCCACCUCCUGGACAGCUCACUAAGAAUGCAGCUUCACAAUGAAUGUAAAAUGGAUGCUGUCCAGGAGGUGGGAGGGUCUGGGAGGGAGGGUCUGCUGCUGAUUGGCUGGAAUGUGUCUGCUGACUGUGAGGUACAGGGUCAAAGUUUACUCAAUGAUGAUUCCGUGGCGAACCGUUCGUGGCGAACCGUUCGCCGCCUAACACCCCCUAAAUUUAACUGCACGCUAUCUGUGCUCUUAUGAGUACAAAGUCAUUGCACUGUUGCUCCAAAGAAGAAUGACAUUUAAAAGGCUUUGCUUUGAUCACAUUAAUUAAACUGCAAUUCCUUCCCUGUUUUAGCACACAGUGGGAAGAUUUAUCCAAGGCACAAACAGGUUAAAUGCAACAACAAACAAGAAAUCACAAUCCAAUCCAAUAGCACAUUGCCCCGAAAUAGUAUCUGUUUUGCCUAGAUAAAUGUCCCCUAUAGUUUUGAAUAUAGAUAUGUUACUAUUAUACGCCAUAUUUAGUCAUUCACAUGUCAACUACAAUAAACGGAAAAUUAAAAAAUGACUAUAAAGAACGGUUACACUUUGUUUUUUUGUGUCAAAUGUCAAUCUGUGUUUUAUUGAGGUCAGGUACAGCACAGAAUACACAAACAAGUAAACAAAGCAUUAUUCAAAAAAGAGUUACGACCUCUUUUUUUUUUUUUUCAAGAGUUAAUUAAACAAGUUAUAUCAUGGAAUGUAAGAAUGACUCGAUUAGUAAGCAUUUCACCCACAUUGAAACAAGAUACUACUAUAGAGAGAAACUUGUUAGUCACUCGGAACGUACACUGAGCUUAUUGAUAGUAUGAUCAAUGUAAGUGAUAGAACAAAAAAGGGGAGAAAGACAUACCACUGAAACCUUCAUUGUCAUCGUAUGGCACUACCCACAGUAGAGACUAGAAGAAAACAUGGUGUUAAUGGCAAAGGGCGUAAAAUUGGCAUAUAUGAGCAAUAACUGAGUGUGUGUCAAGUUCAAUAAAGACUUAUACCGAAUUGCAGGCAUGUGUAUAAGGCAAGAAACAUUGAUUACUCAGAGCGUGAUGUUGCUUGUAAUCAAGGAGAUUACUUGGUUAGUAUAGCAGGAAUGUAACGUGCCAGGAACUUUAUAUUAAUAUUGCCUAGGUGUUUCAGGCUAUGCCUCUAGUGAGCCAAGCUUGGGAGCAGAUGUGUGGGAAAAUAGCAGUUCACCCUAUGCCAUGGGAGGGCCUUGGCUCAAAGUCCAGCUUCGUGCCGCAAGCAAUGGGACCGCCAUCCCAGGGACAAGUCCAUACGGGCUGCAGACGUGGGAUUGUCUCCACACCGAGAUUACUGCUUCUUCGUAGUAUGGUAAGGUCCAGGCUCUAUAGGCAUGUUUGCUGGCGGGUGGUUGGUGCCGUUUGAACAAGCAGGGUCCUGUAUCUUUGCCUCCAGGCCUCCGCUCCGUGGGUGCCAGUUCUGCAAGUCCACGAAUCCGCAGACUCCGAGCAGCGUGAUCGCGGGUCCUUGGGGUCUCCGCAUUUCAGGUGUCCCCACGAGGGUAAGGACUUUGGGCUGAAGGCUUCUCCAGGUGGGCACCUGGCCCAGGAGAUAGAUGGGCUGUUGAGUCUUCAGCUUGAGGUAGCUCUGCAGCAGUAGGAGGGUUUGAAGUAGCUUGAUGAGCGAUGCGGUGGAACCGGGCUGCAAUGCUGAGCUUCCAAUGUGGUGGCCAUCUUGGUUGCGCCACGAGGUUUGCGGUAUGCGAUACUUCAGACCUCCGGCUCUCUGUGCGAGUUCCACCUGAUCCAGUGGGGACCAGGAUAUCCUCCGCCAGUCCCAAGCGGGCGCGGGGGAGGUGUGUGUGUGUGUGUGUGUGUGUGUAGCAGGGCGCUUGCUAGUAGAGAGGUGCGCACAGUGUUGGCAGAUUGGCCUUUUCCACCAACCUUCUGUGCGCCCUCCUCCAUAGGUCUCAGUCUGGAUUGGGCUCUAUAAAUUGCGCUGGUUCAUGCAGUUGCCCAUAUGUAGCUUAGUUCGUUGAAUUUCUUGAGUUUCAGCCACAAAUAACUGAAAUUAGUCAGAGUCCUUUGGGAGCUACUGAGAGACACAUCCGAAAUUAUAAUUUUGCUUUAAACUACACUGAGAUACAGCUCUGCAAUAGAAUUACCACUUUGACUGAAAUGUAUUGUUAAUCCUGUAUAUUUACGAAGCCUUUUGAACUCACAUUUAAGUAAAUUGCAAUCCCAAACCUUAGAAGUCACUCUAGAUAUAUACAUCACUCCUCCACUAGAUGGCAGUGCUCCAGCCCUCUGGUAGACAGCAUUCAGGUGAUUUUGCAUGUAAAAUGUUCGUAAUCUGUUUCCAAAAUAUUUUGUAAUUGUUACUUUAUAUAUUGUUUUUUAAAUAUUUUAUGACAUUGUGCAUAACCUCCACCUUUACCACAGUGCCACUGCCAAGGAAUUUUUUCAUCUUUCUGCAAGGAUGUGCAGACAAACAUGAUUUAAAAUAAGAAUAUGCUCUCGCUAAAAACUACUAUUGUAUAGAUAUUUUGCUGGGGGUGGGAAAUUGUUCCUUCACUUGUUUUAUUAAAUAUUUGAUAAAAAUUUCUACUAAAUGCAUAAACACACAUACACUAUUUUUUGAUUACCAUAUCACAUCAACAUUUUCUCUUUGGAAUUUAAACAGUUUGCCCAUGGACCAGUACCAGUGAUAACCAGUGUGAAAUUCUUGGUUACAGUUGUGUAAUAAACCAAUCUGGUACCAAUAUGGUGCUAAGGUACUUAGCAAUUUUGUUUGUAAUAAAGAUAGAAUUGUAAUGAAGAAAGAAAUACACGUUAAAAUCAAUGUACAUGGCUACCCAUGGCUACCCACCAGGCUGCAGCAUACAAGCAGGGGGGUUGAUGUCACAAGAGGGUGAUAUUUUGUUGUUACAUAAUGUAAUGCCUUUAAGUAGGACAAUGUCAAGUCACAUCUAUCAAUAAACUAGCUUUAUUCACUUUACAGCAUAGUGUCUUAAGAACAGCUCUUCUUUCUUCAGGUGAAUUAACGUGUGUUAUAAAUGGAAAUAUUGGCACAAGACUGAAGCUACUGAGUGAAUAAUGAAGCUACUGAGUGAAGAAUGAAACUACUAAGUGAAGAAUGAAGCUACUUAACUUCUCCUACAUUGUUCCCUAUCAGUCCUUUCUUUUUAUCAUACCUUAUUUGCAUUUUCUUAUUUUUCUCAAACACAGGAAUGACAAAUAAAAAGGAAUACAAAAGCAAUGAGGUUCCAGCAGCCACUAAUAAUAGCUUAAUCCAGCACCAGCUCUCCCCUAAAUAAGAUGGAAAAUGGAGGGACUUGCGAUAUUGAUAAAAAUAAAAUAUACAGCUCAACACUACUUCACACUAACAUUGCAUUUAAUGACUGGAGGUUAUAGCAUUAAAUAUUAUAUGGAGUCAUUACAACAUACAACUCUAUAUGAUUUGUGCCAAUAAUUGCUCUGAUUGUUUUCCUUUGGUUGGCUUGUCAGUGAUAAGAACAUUGGGUCAUAAGAAAUGUAUAAAAUCCAUCUUUGCUGCAGAGGGAUUUAGAUAGACUGGGAGACUGGGCACUCAAAUGGCAGAUGAAAUUUAAUGUUGAAAAAUGCAAAGUUAUGCACUUUGGCGUAAAGAAUACACAAGCAACGUAUACCCUUAAUGGAAGCGAAUUAGGGAUAACAACACAUGAAAAGGACUUGGGAAUUGUUAUAGACAACAAACUAUGCAACAAUGUGCAAUGUGAAUCAGCAGUGGCCAAGGCCAGUAAGGUAUUGUCAUGCAUGAAAAAGGGCAUUCAUUCUCGGGACAAGAAUAUAAUUUUGCCUCUUUAUAAAUCACUGGUAAGACCCCAUAUUGAAUAUGCUGUGCAAUUUUGGGCACCUGUUCUAAAGAAGGAUAUUAUGGCACUAGAAAAAGUGCAGAGGCAGGCUACAAAAUUAAUAAAAGGAAUGGAACAUAUCAGCUAUGAAGAAAGGUUAACAAAUUUAAACCUAUUUAGUUUAGAAAAACGUCGCCUGAGAGGGGAUAUGAUAACAUUAUACAAAUAUAUUCGGGGCCAAUACAAACCAUUGUGUGGAAAUCUAUUCACAAACCGGACUUUACAUAGGACACGAGGCCAUGCGUUUAGACUGGAAGAAAGAAGAUUUCGUCUAAGGCAAAGGAAAGGUUUUUUUACUGUAAGAACAAUCAGGAUGUGGAAUUCUCUGCCUGAGGAAGUGGUUUUAUCAGAGUCCAUACAGAUGUUCAAACGGCUACUAGAUGCAUACUUGCAAGAACAGAAUAUUCAAGGAUAUAAUCUUUCAAUGUAGGGUAAUAACUGCUUGAUCCAAGGAUAAAUCUGACUGCCAUUCUGGGGUCAAGAAGGAAUUUUUUUCCUAGCUUGUUGCAAAAUUGUGCUUCAAACUGGGUUUUUUUGCCUUCUUUUGGAUCAACAGCAAAAAACAAAUGUGAGGAAGGCUGAACUUGAUGGACGCAAGUCUCUUUUCAGCUAUGUAACUAUGUAACUAUGUAACUAUGUAACUAUCAGUCACGAACUGCAAUUUAAAAAAACAAAACACAAAAUAGAAGGGGAAACAUCAAUUGUUGAUUACCAAGUUUGCAAUUAAGCUGAAAUUAAAUUAUAACCUGCCUUAAACCAUCUGGGUGACUGUAAAAAUAGCGUGCAUGGUAUCUCAGAGAAAUAAAGACGCUGGUCCUUGAGAGAUAAGAUGGCCCAACUUGGGGAUCGUUCCCAUGCUUCAUAUUAAAUAGCAAUCAUUAAACAAUGUGGUUAAAAGUUACAGACAGGUUUCCAUGGUCCAGGUUUGCGUUUAAUUCCUCGUCCUAAUCACAUCUCUCUUCAAUGAUGCUGAUUUGGGAAAUGCUAAUUGCCAUUGCAUCUCCACCACAACACAAUAAAAUCUUCACAAGGUGUAUACGCACGUCACCUGCCAUCGUCUAAGCAAGCUGCCCUUAAAGGAACACUUUAGUGUUAGGAAUAUGUCUUUGUAUUCCUAACACUAAUGUGACAACCACAACUACCAUGAAAAAAUUAUAAUAAUAAUCUUACACAGCACAAUGUGUUUACUUUAGAAGAUUUUUUAUUUCCUUCUCUGUUAAUUGGACUUUAGUCACACACAGGAGGCUGUUGCUGCAUCCUGCAUGCAAUUAAAUUAAAUUCUAAACUAAGCAUAUUCUGCAAUAAGGGAAGUUAAAAAAAAUAUAGAUUAUUUUUAAUGACGUAUCUAGGGAGGCUGUAUGAGUCUCAACCGAGGGAAGUGUGGCCAUGGCUGCAUAAACAUUUAACUUCUAAAUUGCAGCUCCUAGCAGGUCCAUCCGAAUCUCAGAGCUGCAGAGAAGAGGUAAGUAGCGGCAUCUGGCGGAUCCUGGCUAAGAAGUCACACUGUUCACUGUAGUUGUUAUGGUGCUUGGAGUCUCUUUAUGAAAAAGGCAAAAAUGUCACUGUGUUUGUCUGUUAAACUGAGGCUUUCCUUCUUUGUAGUACAAUUUAAUUAACAAUACAUUUUCAAAGUGACCUUUCCUACAUUGUGAAUCAAGCUGUGCUCUACACCAUGUUAAUUCCUUACCGUGUGGUUCUUGGGUGCAGUGAUAUGCCACUCACAGUCCAAAUCUGGAAAAUAUUUCCAUGUAAGGUGAGAAGCUUCCUAGAUGUGUGUGAAAUGCGUUGCCACAUUGCACUGAUGAAAAAAAAAAAGACAUAUCAAUUUUUUUUAUAUACUUAGCAAUUGUAAUUAUGACAUAAAGUCCACCAGAUGGCAUAGAGAUAAAUGAAAUUGCCUGUGUGUAGCAGCCAACUAUCUUUACACAGCAUUGGAACAGAUUAGAUUGCAAAUGGCUGCAGCAUAAUAACCUCCGGUCUUUGGAGGUCCCACCUCGCAUUUAGAGUUAAAAGUAUGUCUUGGGGCCAGAUACCAUAGGACAGGGGCGGACUGACCGGUCGGGCACUUCGGACAUGGUCCGAGGGCCCGGCCGGGAGGGGGGCCCGCCGCCAGGGCACCUUCAGGGGGCCCUGAGGCAGGGCUGGAUUGGGGGCGGCAUUUGGGCACUUGAGAGGGAGGUGGCACCGGGUGGCCAGUCCGGUGGCACACUGUGAGGGGGGCGGCCAUUUCAUGCUGGAGCCGCCGGACCGGGUGGCAGCCUCGCCGGUCCGGCGGCAUUCCUCUCACUAACGCUGAAGGAGGCGGAGCAUGUCUCUCUGUCAUGCUCCUUUGCGGUUCCCACAUCCUGUGCUGGGAAUUGUGGGAACCGCAGGGAGCAUGACAGAGAGACAUGCUCCUCCUCCUUCAGCGUUAGUGAGAGGAAUGCCGCCGGACCGGCGAGGCUGCCACCUCCGGCGGCGCUCGGCAGCCCCCUCAGACAGUAAGAGGCAAUAGAGAUAUGGGGAGGGGAGAAAGAGGGAGAACAGAGAUAUGGAGAAAGAGGGGGGAACAGAGAUAUGAUGGGGAGGGGGAACAGAGAUAUGGGGAGGGGGAACAGAGGGGGAACAGAGAUAGGGGGGGAACAGAGAUAUGGGGAGGGGGGAGAAAGAGGGGGGGAAACAGAGAUGGGGAGAAAGAGAAAGAGUGGGAAGGAGAACAGGGAGAAAGAGGGGGAAACAGAGAGAUGGGGAGGGGGAGAAAGAGACAGAGAGGGAAGAAUGAGACACGGGGGGAAUAGAGAGACAGAGAGGGAAGAAUGAGACACGGGGAGGGGGGGAAAGAGAGAUGGGGAUAUGGGGAGAAAGAGGGGGGAACAGAGAUAUGGGGAGAAAGAGGGGGGAACAGAGAGAUGGGGAGGGGGAGAAAGAGAGGGAAGAAUGAGACACAGGGGGAGAAAGAGAUGGGGAGGGGAAGAAAGAGACAGAGAGGAAGAGAGAUGUGGGGGAGAGAGAGACAGGGAAAGGGGGAGAAAAACAGUGGAAGAGAGGGAGAAAGAGGCAGAGGGGUAAGAGAGACUGGGAAGGAGGGGGGAGAAAAACAUACAGAGGGACGGGGGGAGACAAAAAGGCACACAGAAGGGCUGUAUAUAUCACUGGUGGAUCCAGGAGGGCAACAUGGCAAUUGCCCCCCCUCCCCUGUCCGCAGGCACCGUGCGGGCAGGGGAGGGAGGAAGAGAGGACCUUGGAGCUCACCCUGCAGCUCCUCUGGGUCCUUCUUGCGCGAGCACAGAGCGUUGCCGCGGUUACCAUGGCAACGUUACCGCUCUUGCGAGAGUCAACUCUAGCCCUGGUGCUACGGGCUAGAGUUCACUCUCAACACUGUGACCCCCAGGGAUUCCUGGUGGUCGCAGUGGUGAGAGUGAACUCUAGCCCCAUAAACACACACCAUACACAUUCACACACUGCCCCCAUACACACCAUACACAUUUACACACAUUGCCUCACACACACACAUACACUGCCCACCCAUAUACACACAGACCCCCAUACACAGCCCCCCAUACUAACAUUGCCACACACAUACACAGCCCACACACCCUACACAUUCACACACUACACCCCCACACACACACUGAACCUUUCACACACAUUGCACCACUGCUCCUAUUCCCUACUACAGCCCCAUAUCCCAGCAGACUCCAGGUAAGUUGUCAAACUGUUCUUAAACGGUUUGACUACUUACUCUGGAGCAGUAGUGGUUAUUGUGCAUGGAUUAUUUCUUUAAAUAAUCUAAAAGUGCCCCAGUAGCCAGCCAGCCAACCCACAGGCUGGCCAGUAGCCAGCCAGUUAGCCAGCCCACAGGUCUGCAGCAAGCCACAGGCUUACAGCCAGCAAGCCCACAGCCUGCCAGUCGCAGCCAGCAAGCCACAGCCUGCCGGCAGUAGCCAGCAAGCCCACAGCCUGCCAGCUGCAGCCAGCAAGCCCACAGACUGCCAGCCAGCAACAGUAAUUAAGGUAAGAGGAGCCAACUUGGCUUAGGUAUCAGCGAGCUAUGUUGUGUUGCUAUAUUGUGAAUAGGAACCAGAGUGUUGGAGAGACCACCCUCCAGGCCCCAUUAGACUCUAGCCUCUGCUAGAAAUCCCCUCCAUGGCCCAUUAGCCCUCAAUUGUAGUCUCUACUGGGGCCUGGAGGCGACUGUUUCCAGCAGGGGAUAUCUAAUGGACGCUGAGAUGGCCUCUGUUAGAAAGGCCACCUUCCAAGCCUAUUAGACUCCAUUGUAGUCUCUAAUGGGGCUUGGAGGGGAUUCUUUCUAACACACUCUCUAAAGGACACUGAGAUAGCCUCCGCUAGAAAGACCCCCCUCCAUGGCCCAUUAGCCCUCAAUUGUAGUUUCUAGUGGGGCCUUGAAGGGCUUAUUGCCCUUUUGUUCCUUGUGUCUAAAGAUUGUGUAGGGUGUGGCUGGAGGCGGUACAUGGAGGCGGGACAAGGGUGGCGCUUGCUGCAGAGUAUGGGUGGGGCCUGUAAGGGGGCCCUUGAUUUAUUUUGCCCGGGGGCCCUGAGGGUUCUCAGUCCGCCCCUGCCAUAGGACACGUUCCGAGGUCUUCUGGAGUACAUGCCUUGACACAUCAGAACUAUCUUAGCUUCGAGAAGAUGACCUACACAAUAUUAGACCGGUGGUUUUAAUGUUGUCUCUGAUUUUAUUUAUUUAGAAUUUCCAUGGCAUUGUGUGGGCAACGUGAUGGUUACAUGUCUGUAACAGGAUUGAAAUCCGUUCAUCAUGAAUAUAGUCAUGAAAAUAUAUUAAGUUCGAAAUUAGAGAUAUUGGCACUGAAAACACAAAUGCCAAAAUACACACACCACUCUCUGUGCAACAAAAAGUGGGUAAUACAAUACUUAUAUAUACAGAAGUAUAUGCUGAUCAGGGCCGUCUUUAAUAUUGAUUGGACCCUGGGCAAGAAUUUACUUGGGCUCCCUGGAUCCCGCCUUCCCACACCCUAGCAUGCAAUCACGCCCUCCACCACAACACACACACACACAUACCAAAAAAAAACACAACUCGUAGAAUUGUAAUUAAUUAAGAUACCUAAUAUAUAUGUAGAAUAAAUAUAUGUAUGUGUGUAUAUAUCUAUAUAAUUUUUUAAAAAUAUUUUUAUUUAUAUAUAGGUAUAUAUAUAGUGAUAUAUACAUAUAUAUUUAUGUAUAUAGAUAUAUAUUAUUUCGUUCUACGUGUAUUUUGAUAUAUAUAUAUAUAUAUAUAUAUAUUAAUUAAGUGUUCUUGCAUAGCAAGACCACUUAUUGUUAUCUCACAUAUAUAUUAUUAUUCUUAUUAUAGCCAAAUUUGCCACCCUAACUCCUCCCACAGUUUUUACACUACAUAGACCAAAAUUUACCAAAACGUGCAGAUUGCUCCCGAUCGGAUUGCUAUUACUUUGUGGAACGUUUCGCCGAAUGGUUCACGGAAUAUUGUCGUUCUUGUGGCCAAAUUUGUCCCAUAGGAAUGAAUGGCAAGCUAGAGUGGGAGCUGGCAAAUGCUGAAAAAUCAGGACAUGAUUUCUAAACUGCCACCACUCCCUUAUUUUCAGGCCCACCUACACAAAUCUUAUAUCAAAACGUUCAGCUAUCCCUGCUGCCACUAAACAUGUCAACGGCUAAGCCAUAGUCCUGAUAGUUUUCACAAUAUAAUCAUUUGUUUGCAACUAACGCCGUCCAUUGACAUUCAUUGAAACUUCACUCUACAAAGCUCAAAUUUGAAGUGCAAUUUCUAAACUGUGACUGUGCCUUCAUUUUUAAUACUUCAGAGACAUAUUAUGCAUCAAAAUGUAGGUCUGGGUCUUGUGAUUCUCACAAUAUAAAGCUCUUCGCUGUAGGAUUUAUAGUUUUUAAAAUACGACCGUUUGAAGAUGGCAACCGCCAAAUUACUCUGACCUGUGCCAGGAUGCAGCAGCAAGUGAUGUCAUAGACAGGGCCUUUUAUACACCUGCUAAUGUUUUUAUAAAUGUAUGGUUUAAUGUAACUGUGCAUCAACGUUUCAAUUAAAUGUGCUAUAUAAAUGAUAACAGUUACUCCGCCCACUCCAGUUGUAGACUACUGGUGGAGGCAAGAACACUUCACACAAUUUCCCAAGAAAUUGUAGCUUUUCUAGUUUCACAAUACAGUUAGAACGAAAUAACACAUCUAUAUAUUUUUUAAUAAUUUUUUUAAUUUUAUUUUUUAACGUAUUUAAAUUUUUAUUUUUUUAUAUUAUAUAUAAAUAUAUAUAUAACAAUAAUUAUAUAUAUAUUUAAUCAGUAUCAGUCUACGUGUAAUUUGAUAUAAAUAUAUAUAUAUAUAAUUAUAUAUAUAUUAAUAGUAAAAUACACCGAGACGGUGUACGUGUGUGUAUGUAUAUGUGUAUAUAUACUUAGAUCAUGGCAAUGCAGGAGGCAGCUACCCCCGGCCAUGUGAUUGUGGGGUCCUCGCAAGGACCCCACUCUCACAUGGCCGGGGGGGCUUCGAGGAGGACGGACGUGCCGCGGGGGGCUCCCUGGGAGUCCCCCCUACCGCGACCGCCAGCGACCGGGUAAGUACCGAAAGACCGGAGGGCGUACUAUUACACCCGGCGGCGUUUAGAGCUGUAUAGAAUAGGGCGUAAUAGUACGCCCUCCGGUCUUAAGGGGUUAAAAAGCCUGUAGAGACAUGUUAUAGACACCAGAACUACUACGUUUAGCUGUUGUGGUUCUGGUGACUAUAGUGUCCCUUGAAUAUAGAGGGGGAAAAAAGGAUCAGCACAAAAGUAUUAAAUAAAAUGGCUGUAUCAUUAUUAUAAAAAUUAAAAAAGCACAACUUAUGACACAAAUAUAUAGUAUUUAACAGAUUACUUUAUUUUUAACAAUAUGAUAGUACUGUACUACUAACCCCUCCAUCCACCCUUCCCCCUCCCCUCUAACCACCCUUACUCCCAUAAAACAAUAUAUAUUACUGUAACUAACUAAUGUAAAUACUUACAGUUCUGAAGACUCCAGCAGGCUCAGGAUCAGUUGGGCAGCUGGGCUCAAGGCUGGAGUGGGUGCCGACCUUCCGUUCCGGAUGGCGCCGCUCUGCAGUUCAGGAAGGAGGCGGAGUCACGGCAACGCUCACAUUAGCGUUGCCGUGACUCUGCCUCCGCGUGACGUCACCGUGUGCGGCAUACGCAAAUGGCAGGGGAGGUCGGGAGGCGGAGCACCAAGUAAGUCCUUCACUAUGCGGCAAUGCCGCUCGCAUAGUGAAGGCGAAGGAUAACUUCGGGACACAAAUUUGUGGGCAGUGGCCAGCGGGGCUCAAGAGGCAGCUGCCUUGGGCCCCCCAGGAGCAACUGGGCCGGGGGCAGCUGCCCCUUUUGCCCCGCGUUAAAGACGGCCCUGAUGCUGAUGAUAUUCCGUAUUGUUGGACCCUACAAUAACAAAAAACAGUACAUAGUGCAGACUGUAUAUGAUAAAUAAAGAUAAUAAAAAUAAAUGAAUCCACUCACGGAUUACAGAGCCGUGCCAGGCUCUGUGUAUAAUGCCCAAGGGUGCCUCUACAGGCUAAGUGCAAAAUCUUCACGAUGUCCUUCAGAGACAGGAGAAGCAGCAAUAAUAAUGAAGAGAUGAACAAAUUUAUUGUGGAUAAAAAUAUUUAAAACAACUAACAAGUUGUAUAAACUAGUACAAAAAUAAUAAUAAUAUCAAUGCAGACGCGUUUCAACUCAGUCCGAGUUUUCUUCAGUGCAUAAAGAGUUAAUCUGGCUGCUAUUCCUUUUAAAUCUGCCGCUUGUGUAACUGCCGAUCACAUGGGCGGAAGUUUGGCUUGCCGACGUCUGACGUCACUUCCGGUUUUCCGGCGCUCAUUUUUUCGUCUGUGCUCAUUACAGGUUAUUUGCCCAGUUGAAGCAAAAGCUUCCAUUGUAUGAAUGGGCAUCUCCAAGAGACUUGUAAACAGCACAUGUAUAUAAAUACAAACAUUAAAAGAUACAUUAAGAAUUACACAUUAGAAUACAAAGGUAAACAAUGUCCAUAGGAAUCUUUUAUAAGGAGGAGAAAGAAAUGUAGUAUGGUAUAGUGCAAAUAUAUCACAUCUAUAAUACAUAGCUAUAGCCCAUAUGAAAGGAUUGGUAGGUUCAAGAAAGGAAAUAAUACAAGUAUAAAAAAGACAACUAUAAAAGUGAAAAUAAGUAAGUAUUAAAAAAUAUAAGAAAAAUAUAUAUAAAAAAUAUAUAUAUAUAUGUAUAGUGAAAAAAGAGAAGAGCUAAUAAAUACAGCAAAAGGCUCAGAAAAUAAAUAUAAAAAUAAAAUAAAAUAAAAUAACAAGUGAGAAAAUAAUAAUUAAAAAUAAAUAAUAAAAAUGAAAAUAAGAAUAAAAAUAAAUAAAAAUGAAAAAAAUAAAUUAAAAAAAUAAAUUAAAAAUAAAAAAUAAAAAUAAAAUAAAUAAAUAAAUAAAAUUAAAAUAAUAAAAAAAAUAAUAAAAUAAAAUGAAUAAUAAUAAUACUAAUAAAAAUAAUAAUAAUGAAAAUAAUAAUAAAUAUUAAUGAAAUAAAAUAAAAUUAAAUUAAAAAAGAAAAUAAUAAUAGUAAUGAAAAAUAAAUAGAAUAAAAUAAAAUAAAAAUAUAAGAAAAAUGAUGGGUGUCUAACUAUAAAAAAUGAGCCAACUCAAAAUCUAAAUUAAGGCCUCUGGGAGAUAGGGUGUUAAGUUCAAAAAUCCACCUGCUCUCAAUUUUACAAAGUUCUUUAAAAUUGUCUUCACCUCUCCAAUCUUUUUUCUUAUGGGCUAUAGCAAUAAAACUAAUAAGGGAAGGGUCACUAUUGUGGUAUUGUGCAAAAUGUGCAGAGACACUGUGCUUGACAUAUCCUCUUUGUAUGUUGCCCAAGUGCUCCAUUAUCCGAGUUUUUAAAGGGGAUAUAUUACGUUACUAGAAUGGCAAGUGAGGAUAGAGUUGAUCUUAUAUUCUUUUUGCGAUAUAUUGGACGUAAAUUUAAUAUGCGUGUCUUUUUAAAAUUUAUUCCUAUAUAUACUUCUGUAUAUAUAAGUAUUGUAUUACCCACUUUUUGGAGCACAGAGAGUAGUGUGUGUAUUUUGGUAUUUGUGUUUUCAGUGCCAAUAUCUCUAAUUUCGAACUUUGUACUUAAAGUGUUGGGGAACACUUAUCAUUCCACCACUACCUCUGAGUUCACUCUAUUGUGUAAGCGCCAUUCACUUCUCUUUUUUUAUGAAAAUAUAUUAAUAAGAAUAUAAUUAUGAUAACAGUUAAUAUAAAUUAUUGUAUAACUUAUACUGGCACGGUAUAAUACACAGCAUAGUAAUUUAACAUUUUAAAGAAAUACUUACAUACCCUCGUUCAUUGCUUGGCAUACCAUAAGUAAUUUAUUACUAUUAACUAUUUCAUAAACUAUUAUCAGUUUAUUCUGUAUUCCUAUAAAGCACAUUUUCCCCAAACAGCACAUAUUGAUCAAGUUGUAUUCUAAUGAGGUGUUAUUUUCUUUUAUGGCCAUUAACAUAAUGGAAAUACACCAAUCAGUACUCUAUGAAUGUAUAACGUACAUUUCAGUAUUUGUGCAUAUCUCCUCCAAUGAUUUAUAUCAAUAAAUGUAACUAAACCUCCCUGUAUCAACUACCCAAGACUGCACUUGUUUUACACUUCAGACCCUUUCAUUUUCUCUACAGGGGACUUGGGUGUUUUGAACCUUUAUUGGAGUGAUACUGACAUGUUACUUAUCUCAUUAGCACUACCACAAAAUGCAGGGUGGGGUUCCCAAGGUGUAGUAGGUAGGUAACAGGUACAGACAUAUCAUUAAUAAGGAAAUCACACCUUACUGUUGAUGACAAUUCUGUGUCACUAACCUUACAAAAACACGUCAAACACAAUAUCUAGUGCACCAUAGUAGUUAUGGUGCCCUGGCACUCCCCCACCCCCAAUUGUAAGCAGCCAAAUAAUUUAAGAACACUUUUACAUAUUAACUAAUUUCUGUUACAAUUACUGGUUUCAUAACCUUAAUAAAAUAAUAAUAUUAAUAAUAACAUAAUGCAAUCCUCUCUUAUUUGUUGUGUACAUUUUACUUAUUACCCUAAGUGAUUCUGUGGCCACUUUCUGAGUGAUUCUAUGGAAAAGAUAUACUAUUAUUAUUAUUAUUAUUAUUUUUAAGUUGUAAACUGUCCCCCAAUGUCAGUCCCCAAAAACACUAACGAUAUUUACUUACUCAGGUUUAGGUUAAUGACUUAUCAUGAUAAUAUUCAGUUUCAUAGCAAUAUCUAUAAUGAAUAUAGUUACAAAAUGACACCAGUAUUAUUAAUAUUAUACCUAUUAAUAAUAAUUUACUUUUUAAAUAGUUUAGAUGGGUGCAAUAUAAUACCCACCCUAGAAUCUGUCUGUAUUUCCUCCAAUAACUGAAACAUAGAAUGUGAUGGCAGAUAAGAACCAUUCGGGCAAUACAGUUUACACAAUUUUUAAAAAACUUUCAUUACUGGUAGUCCCUGACCUUAUCUUAUAGCUAGGAUAGCCUUAUGCCUAUCCCACACAUACUUACACAUACUUAAACUCCCUCACUGUGUUAACCUCUACCACUUCAGUAGGAGGCUAUUCCAUGCAUCCACUACCCUCUCAGUAAAGUAAUACUUCCUGAUAUUAUUUUUAAACCUUUGUCCCUCUAAUUUAAGACUAUGUCCUCUUGUUGUGGUGGUUUUUCUUCUUUUAAAUAUAGUCUCCUCCUUUACUGGGUUGAUUCCCUUUAUGUAUUUAAAUGUUUCUAUCAUACCUCCACUUUCCCCCUCCCCUGCCCCCCCUCCCUGUCUCAUCUUUCCUCCAAGCUAUACAUGUUAAGAUCCUUUAACCUUUCCUGGUAAGUUUUAUCCUGCAAUCCAUUAACCAGUUUAGUAGCCCUUCUCUGAACUCUCUCUAAAGUAUCAAUAUCCUUUUGAAGAUAUGGUCUCCAGUACUGCGUACAAUACUCCAAGUGAGGUCUUACCAGUGUUCUGUACAAUGGCAUGAGCACUUCCCUCUUUCUACUGCUAAUACCUCUCCCUAUACAACCAAGCAUUCUGCUAGCAUUUCCUUUUGUAUUUGUGUGAUGUGACUCAGUCAUUGUUCUUAUUUUAAACCACACUGGUAAUCACUGGAUCCUAAACUUUCACCUACAGUAAUAUCUGAUACUAAAUCUCCAUUUGUUAACACUAAAUCUAGUAUGACCUUCUCAACAACUUGUUUUAGAGAUAAUCCCAGUUGGGCGUUUAGAAUAUGUGUGCUCCUGGCGCAAGCAGCUAUUUUGGAAAUCAGGAAGAUUAAGGUCACCCAUAAUGAUAACUUCAUUGCCCUCCAGAUCUAACUAUAAAUUAAACCUCCCACCCACUAACAGUCAGAUCUCCUUUCAUUUUCACUGCAGGGGGUUUGGUGUGUGUGUAAUUGAUUACUAAUGUGUUACUAAUCUCAUUAGCACUGCCAUAAAAUACAGGAGGGGUGUCUGAGUGCAUACAGGUAGUAACAGGUGUGUUUAAAUUAACCACGACAUCUUUAUAAUAUCAAUGAAAAUAAUUUAUUAAAAUAGCACUUUCCUCCUGGGUGCUCAAUGCAAUCAAUGAUAGCUCACUCUCAGGUUCAACUGAUCAAUACUUAUUGAUAAAUAUCACUUUUUUAGUUUUUAACACAAUUAAAUGCGUUUGAACUAAUCACAUGUGCAAUAAAUUCACAUCUAAACACCAAACACCAAAGACAUUCUCAAUCACAAUCAAUGUGUAAUGUAAUUAGAAUUUGAUUAGAUUUCUGCAUUUUUAGAAUUAGAUUGGAAUUCUGUAUCUUUUUUAUAUUGCUAUACUUACUGUAUCAAUCUAUUCACCUAUUCUAAGCAAUGUGUUGCUAUUGUACUCUUUUUAAAAAGAAAAUUGUAAUCAGUGUUUCGAUGCGAAAACAUCCCUAAACAAACAAAAAAAAAAUUUCAAUUUUUUUCCAUUCUUGACUAACAUUUACACAGUUUAAAAAUGCAUUUUCUCCAAACGGAUUCCUCGCGCCAAAACGACCCCCGAUAAUUACACACUGGCAUAAAUACUACGUCAAACACACAGUAAUCACUCAUGCUGUUCGAACUCGUGUUAUCUUAUCUCCCGAAAUUUAUAUGAUACUUGUGAUGUACACAAACAACUACUAAAUUCCUACUACUACUUUUGAUUUGCUUAUCACAGCCCUACGUGGCUAUAACGUUGACUGUGAAUAUUAGGGACCUGUGCGUCCUAUCACUUUGUUUCAUACAACCGAUGCAGAAAAAUCAGAUAAAACUUUAUUUACAAAAAAUAUAAAUAAAUGCAUUUCUCUAUUUAAUUCUCACAAAUUACACAGAAGCUGCCACAGACACCAUGGUAAAUAUUUGUAAAUGGCUGUCAGAGCCUUAUGGGGGAUGUAGUUCAAAACAUACGGUGCACCAAAGGUUGCCUAUCUCUGUUUUAGCAAAGAACCUGGUUAAUGUUGUGAUAUAUUCUUAUUGGCAAUUAUAUAGUGCCAACUUAUGCCACAGCGCUUUACAAUAAAAGGGGGAAAUAGCAAUACAUGAGACAAUUACAAAAUGUUACAAGAAAAAUAGGUUGAUGAGAACCAUAUGAGAUAGUAGUUGAAGAAUGGGUCACUGAGGUCGUUUUAAUAUUAAAAAAAUGUUACCAUCAAUGUAGUAUGUGUCUGUAUCAAAAAACUUUUUUAUGAGAAUGCCUGUAAAGGUUAUUAUUUAGUAAAUCUAUGUAAAUACUCGUAUUGACUGUGUUGGAGUUUCAUUGAAAUUUCAUCUUUAAAAUAAUCUUUAAUAAAGUCCUAAGCUGACACAAAACUCCAGAACUGGUGGAGCGUCCAUCAUGAAAACGUGGCAAUUCAGAGAUGAGAUGAUUUUUAUAUAUCACUUUAUACAUCUUUACAUUUUUCUUGUUGAUUGUAUUGUAUUUAAUGUUUGUUUUUUUUAUGUUUUCAAACAAUGUUAAAAUCACAUCACUGGUUCAAGUCAAAUUAUAGAGCUUGAUGCAAAUGUUUAUAACGUUUAUGAACUCAUAACCUAAAUUUAGAUUGUUGGCACAUUGUAUAAAAUUUUUACCCUGUUAAGGGUUUGUACCAAAACUCACAAACUAUGCAGAGCAAAGACAUUUUGAGAACGCAAUUUUUUCAUGACAAAGGUAUUAAGGAUAAAUCGUUUUUCCGUGCAGUGGGAUAUCCAUCAAAAGUGUGUAGCCAUGAUUUGUUCUGCGCACUUUCCACAUAGCAAUCGCAUCAAACAAUGCAUAACAGCACUACAUUGGCACAGUGAGCAAAAUUCAUGCAUUUUUCAUGCAAAAGUCAUGGACAAACAAAAAGCACAAAUUCUGAUCUUUUACAACUGAUUUUAAAUGGUCCUGUCAUUGGUUUUAUUCUUUUUUUGUGAAUCACAAUGUUAUUAAUACAAUAUAUAUAUAUAUAAAAAAUAUUGUCACAGUUCUAACAAUAUAUAUUGCCAAAGGCAGACCAUGAUCAAAUACAGACCCCUGUAAUUAGUAUAACUGAUUAUUUGUCUGGGUGCAGGGUUUACCUGAAAAUUGCAAUUUGUUCUGGUUUUACGAAUUGAAUGAAUGGGUGUCACUAUGUAAUCGUUGCUAUUCCAAAAUACACUGUAGCAGUACUGAUAAUUAAAAAAAAAAAUAGUCUCCCUGUCACCUGGCGCUUUGUCACCUUCAUCCUGGAAGCUGAUUGGCUGGUACAUUUUCAGAAAGGAGUAUAUAAGGGCCAGUCUUUCCUGCAAAAUAUACAGCCUCACAGCCAAAGCAUAGAGGAAUUCUAAGGACACUUAACAUCAGAUAGACCAUCACUAUGGCCUUCAGAAUCUCCCUCAUUCUCAUGACCUACCUGUUACAAUGUUCCAACGGCGUUCCUCUUCAGGUAUUCACAUUUAAUUGUGAUUUUUCUGCAUGAUUUUUUUCCAUGUAUCAAUUUCUGAUUAAUAAUUUUGACUAUUGCAAAACACAGAUAGGGCAUGAAUAUUAAUUGUUAAUUUUUGCUGAUUUCCUAUAUUUUAAUACAAUAUGAUAACAAUAAAUAGAUGUGGCUAGACUGAUAUAUCUCAAUGUUUGUACAUAUUUGUGCAUGUAUAUGUGUGUGUGUGUGUGUGUGUGUGUCUUGCUCUCUCUUUCUAUCUCUCUAUAGUUCUUUGAUUUAUAUACUUACAAUCUGUUGUAAUUAUUUCUUAUGAAUCUGUUUAUUUUCAGAUUAAUUUUGGAGACCUCGUCAAAGAAGGUAUGUAUUUUAUAAAUUGUUAUUAUUUCUAUAUAUUCCUGUCUGAGAUAUUAUACAAUUAAUUGCUAGUCUGCACAUUAGCUCACAAUUAAGAUAUAACACGUUGUCUUUACAGUAUAAUAGCUAUGCUAAGUGUGCUGUAUAAAGACAUGGUGCGUUGUUUCCUUAGUUGUUGAAGUACAAAUGCCAUAAUGUUGCACUGAUGCAACAGUAAUACUAUCAAUGAUGGCCUAUAGCUUCAUUCAUUGCAAUGCUCAUUAAGGUUCGAGGCAUUAAAGUAGAGAACUCAAAUCCUAACCCUCCUUCCAUAGAGAAUGAGCACAACAGUUGUGUAAACCUAAUCUUUAUGGAGAUGCUGUGAAAAGUCCAUUAUGACCCAAUGUGCACACUGACACGUAACUCUACCAUCUUCCAAAUCACUAUAUCUUAUAAAGUUCUAUGGAAGUCUUGAACUAUUGAGUGAAGGAUAUCUGUAGGUUCUGCCGGUUAUUUAAGAAUGGUCCGGGGAUAGAAAUGUAAAACCAUCAUCAAUAAAACCAAUGGAAUGUUCCUUGUGGAUUGAUUUAAAGUAGCAAACAGAAUUACAUUCUUUAUACGCAGUCCAACUAGAUACAAACUCCUGGUGGGAAUUCCUGUUCAUCAUUUAGUCCAUUCACUUUGAACAGGUAAAAUAAAUCUUGCAGAUAAGGAGGUGAUUCUGCUUUUUGUAUGAAUUAUACUAUAUGAACUAUAUGUGUGUAUAUGCAAUUCUCUGAGUAGUACGUUUUUCUCCUGGUCGGUAAAUCCAGCCCUGUACAUCUUACGGUAACACGGAAACUUUAUAAAAAAAAAAACGAAAAUAAAACAUAUUUUAACUAAAACGGUAAUUGCACAGGAUUGCGGAGGGAAUUGUCAAAUUCGAAAAAUUGUUGAGUAGGAGACUUUCCUAUUUAAUUUCGGUUAUUUUAGUUUAAACAAUUCUGCUAUUAUUCCCAGUUUAACAUACCUCACUGUAAUCCUUACUGUGUGUAAAACCCUAUUUAAUACAUUAUUAUCUCUUCCAGCAGACAUUCCCAAAGAGGACCCAACACCAGAGCCUUCGGAUGUUUUUGGUGUCAUUGAAUCUUCCAACAAAGGUAUAAUGUUUAUUUAGAUUUUCCCUUUUUAUGUAAAAUAUACAUUGGUAAUACAAUUAAAACUGUUAAACACAGGAUGUUCUUUUCAUCAAGUCUGGCAGUUGCCACUAGAGGAACUUGCUGCAUUUACACGGAGUUUGUCUCUGUGAAACAUUAGAUGUCCGUUGUACGAGGACAUCCAGCGUGUUUAAUGCCCCAUAGAAAAGCAUUGAGUGAAUGUUUUCCUAUGGGGAAGACCUGCAUGGGCAUUAGGUUCCCCCUAUUGGCUGACGUCAACAGAAGAAGAGCCCACCCAAGCUCCCAAGGACAUUGGUGUUGGAAUAACGUAAGUGAUUAUAAGGCUAAUUAACCUUUUCCUGCAGUUUCUACAAAACUGUAAUAUUUGACAUUGCAGGGUUAGAACUACAGGGCCACUGCACCCAGACCAUGUUUAUUUCCAUAACAUUGAAAAAAUUUGUGAAAUAGACAGAGUAUGAUGCCUAGAUAAAUAGACCGACUAACUGAACACUUUGUUUGUAGUUUGAGAAAACUCAUUAAUCUAUUAUUGUAUCUCGGCACCCAGGAAGUAAAAGACCUACUAUUGAAGGCGACAUAGCUGUGAAAAUUGGCCGCAGCGCUAUAAAAUGCGACAAUGAUACGUGCCGGUGGAAUAAGGACAGAAACGGAGCAGUCAACGUCCCAUUCGUAAUCUCUGCUGACUUCAGUAAGUAAUAACUAUAUAAUAAGGAAAUACCUUUUAUUUACAUUUUUGUUUAUUUUUGUCUCAAUCCACAAGCAUAUAAUAUACAGAUGAUCGCAUGUGGCAAUAAAAUACUCAAAGGAAUACAUAACAUAACACACCAUAAAAGAGCAAUCAGCAAGUGGACUGAGGGUUUUGCAUUGUAAAAGUCAGGGCAUAAUAGAGUAGACAGCAGAUUAUGUGCACGUAAUAAUAAUGAUAGAAUCAAUAACAUUAGAAAAGGGGAAAAAACAAUGUCCUUGACUUCCUCCAUUUUUAAUUAUCUCAUUCCAAAAGCCAAAUUAGAGUAUUGUAGAGUAAUGUUCCAGUGACAGUUAGCAGUCUUACCUUCUGCUAAUUAUAGCGAAUCGAAAUUUGGAAAAAUGGAAAAAUAAAAGUAACAAUAUACGAUGAUAUGGGUAGAAAAUUGGAGUUAGAAAAUGAUUCCAGAUCAUGUAACAUUAUUAUUAUAAUAUUUUAACAUCUCCUGAUUCCCUCCUCAGGUGCCCAAGAGUUGGAUGUUAUUACUACCGCUAUGCAAGAUUUUGCCACACUGACCUGUGUGCGUUUUGUCCCCCGCUCCUCGGAAGCUGAUUACUUGAUGAUUAUUCCUGACUCGGGGUAUGUGGUCAUAUUAAUGCGUUAGGUUGCAAAAUAUAGGCCUAAAGAAUGGUUACACCUAGCUAUGUGUGCCAUGUUUGAAUGCAGGGGGUGUGGUUUCAGCUCAGGAGGCUGGUUUCAGCUGUGUGUUCUAUAAUGGAACGCAAGGGGAGUGUUUACAGCGAGCUGUGUGUUAUGUGAUGGAAUGCAGAGGGUGUGGUUUCAGCCAGCUGUGUGUUCUAUGAUGGAAUGCAGGGGGUGUGGUUUCAGCCAGCUGUGUGUUCUAUGAUGGAAUGCAGGGGGUGUGGUUUCAGCCAGCUGUGUGUUCUAUGAUGGAAUGCAGGGGGCGUGGUUUCAGCCAGCUAUGUGUUCUAUGAUGGAAUGCAGGGGGUGUGGUUUCAGCCAGCUGUGUGUUCUAUGAUGGAAUGCAGGGGGUGUGGUUUCAGCCAGCUGUGUGUUCUAUAAUGGAACGCAAGGGGAGUGUUUACAGCGAGCUGUGUGUUAUGUGAUGGAAUGCAGAGGGUGUGGUUUCAGCCAGCUGUGUGUUAUAUGAUGGAAAGCAGGGGGUGUGGUUUCAGCCAGCUGUGUGUUCUAUGAUGGAAUGCAGGGGGUGUGGUUUCAGCCAGCUGUGUGUUCUAUGAUGGAAUGCAGGGGGUGUGGUUUCAGCCAGCUGUGUGUUCUGUGAUGGCAUGCAGGGUGCGUGGUUUCAGCCAGCUGUGUGUUCUAUGAUGGAAUACAGGGGGCGUGGUUUCAGCCAGCUGUGUGUUCUGUGAUGGAAUGCAGGGGGUGUGGUUUCAGCCAGCUGUGUGUUCUGUGAUGGAAUGCAGGGGGUGUGGUUUCAGCCAGCUGUGUGUUCUAUGAUGGAAUGCAGGGGGUGUGGUUUCAGCCAGCUGUGUGUUCUAUGAUGGAAUGCAGGGGGUGUGGUUUCAGCCAGCUGUGUGUUCUGUGAUGGCAUGCAGGGGGCGUGGUUUCAGCCAGCUGUGUGUUCUGUGAUGGAAUGCAGGGGGCGUGGUUUCAGCCAGCUGUGUGUUCUGUGAUGGAAUGCAGGGGGUGUGGUUUCAGCCAGCUGUGUGUUCUGCUAUGAUGGAAUGCAGGGGGUGUGGUUUCAGCCAGCUGUGUGUUCUGUGAUGGCAUGCAGGGGUGUGUGGUUUCAGCCAGCUGUGUGUUCUGUGAUGGCAUGCAGGGGGCGUGGUUUCAGCCAGCUGUGUGUUCUGUGAUGGAAUGCAGGGCGUGGUUUCAGCCAGCUGUGUGUUCUGUGAUGGAAUGCAUGGGGGGGGCGUGGUUUCAGUUAGCUGUGUGUUCUGUGAUGCAAGCUGUGUGUUCUGUGAUGGAAUGCAGGGGGUGUGGUUUCAGCCAGCUGUGUGUUCUAUGAUGGAAUGCAGGGGGUGUGGUUUCAGCCAGCUGUGUGUUCUGUGAUGGAAUGCAGGGGGUGUGGUUUCAGCCAGCUGUGUGUUCUGUGAUGGAAUGCAGGGGGUGUGGUUUCAGCCAGCUGUGUGUUCUGUGAUGGAAUGCAGGGGGUGUGGUUUCAGCCAGCUGUGUGUUCUGUGAUGGCAUGCAGGGGGCGUGGUUUCAGCCAGCUGUGUGUUCUGUGAUGGAAUGCAGGGGGCGUGGUUUCAGCCAGCUGUGUGUUCUGUGAUGGAAUGCAGGGGGCGUGGUUUCAGUUAGCUGUGUGUUCUGUGAUGGAAUGCAGGGGGCGUGGUUUCAGUUAGCUGUGUGUUCUGUGAUGGAAUGCAGGGGGUGUGGUUUCAGCCAGCUGUGUGUUCUAUGAUGGAAUGCAGGGGGUGUGGUUUCAGCCAGCUGUGUGUUCUGUGAUGGAAUGCAGGGGGCGUGGUUUCAGUUAGCUGUGUGUUCUAUGGUUUCAGCCAGCUGUGUGUUCUAUGAUGGAAUGCAGGGGGUGUGGUUUCAGCCAGCUGUGUGUUCUAUGAUGGAAUGCAGAGGGAGUGGUUUAACAAAUGUCACUAAGAACAAAUGAUGCCAGUUAUGGACCAGUGAAAUAUUGUGCUUACAGUCCAUCUGUAUAAUCAAACCUCUUGUUUGCAGGUGUUGGUCCUAUGUUGGUAAAAUGGGCGGACCCCAGGAGGUAUCACUUUCAAAGGACAGCUGUGUAACCAAGGGGAUAGCCCAGCAUGAGCUGAACCAUGCCUUGGGAUUCUUCCACGAGCACAGCAGGAGCGACCGCGAUAACUACAUUGACAUAAAUACAAACAAUAUCAUUGUCGGUAAGCAGACCAAGGAGGAAAGAAAUCACAUUUAACCUUUAUUAAAGGGACACUGUAGUCACUAAAACAACUUUAGUUUAAUGAAGCAGUUUUGGUGUAUAGAACAUGCCUCUGUAGUCUGACUGCUCAAUUCCCUGCCAUUUAGGAGUUAAAUCCCUUUGUUUAUGCAGCCCUAGUCACACCUCCUUACAUGUGACUUGCACCGCCUUCCUAAACAUUUCCUGUAAAGAGUCAUCUAAUGUUUACACUUCCUUUAUUAUAAAUUCUGUUUAAUUUAGGAUUUCUUAUCUUCUGCUCUGUAUAUAGCUUGCUAGACCCUGCAGUAGCCUCCUGUGUGUAAUUCAAUUUCAAUUUACAGAUCAGAAGAUAUAAACAUCUAAAGUAAGUUACACUUAAUUAAUGUCUCCAUUAAUUUACCCCACAGAUUGCAUGGAAUUUAAAAUUUUCCAGCAGAAUCAGCAGGUGGAAUAAGUACUAGGCAGAUUAAUGAAAUGGGUUACAGACCUCAGAUCACCAGCUUUUUUUGGAUUACAACUCCUGUAAUUCUCUAUGGAAAAGAGUUACAUGAGUUAUAGUCUAUUAAUGGCAUUGAUAUCCCUAAUUUGUGCUUAUUUCUCCUUCUGCACAUAUUAGCAUUUCCCAAAUCAGGUCUGUGUUACAAUCCAGUGUUGGUAACUGAUUGAUAAUAUUGUUUUUAUUUUUCAACAGUAUUACACAGGAAUUAUGAAAGCAAUCACAAUCCAAAUUUCAAAAAAAAAUAUUUUUCAGAAAAUGUUAUUGUCUUAACAGUGGGAUUAAGCUUCCCUGUGAAUCCUGCAAUGUUGACUCUAGCAAAAAAAAAUGGAGCGUUUGAGUACGUCAGACGUUGAAGGUUAAUGACAGCUGUCCCUCGGGAGUUAAGGAUAGAAAAUUUCUAUACGUUUACUUGUGACAGGCGGCCAAUGAUACACUGCUAUCCCUUCCCUGCUGGUGCUCAUUAGCCAAGCAGAGGAGGACUGACAGUCUUAAACCAUUCAAACACCAUGCAGCCAAAAAUGAGCUGUGUCUGUGAGCAGUGAUGGUUAGCCUCAGUAUUGCAAACAUUUCUAAAGUACAUUUCUCAUGAUUCUCAAUAAGAGAGAUCAGUGCAUCAUGAAGUUAACUAGAUGUUAUUUUAAUUUUCUAGGACUGGCUGACAACUUUGACAAGUAUGAUACCAAUAAUCUGGGCCUAGAAUACGAUUAUUCUUCUGUUAUGCACUAUGGAAGGUAAGGCGAGUGGCUCAUUAUGUUGUUCUUAAUAUGUAAAUAUGUAGGGGAAGGAUGACGAUUGGUCAAACUCCGGUAACCCAGAGCAAUUACUUUACUGUCACAAGAUGGGUUAAUAAACAGUGAGUUAAAUUACAUUUUUGAAUUAUCAUUUUUAAUGUAUGUGUAAAAGCACCAAUAUUUAGUGAAUAAAGUUCUCAGUCUAACAUGAAAUUCUUUGGAACAGAAAAUGUAAAAAUUUUAAAGUUUAAUUCAGCGCUUAUGUUGGUACAAGUUGCCACAAAGAAAUUUCAAUUUCAAUUUGAAGGGAUCUCAAUUUGUAACGUUGUCCACAUCUGUAAAGUAGUCCUGGUUUGUAAAGUAGUCACGUUUUGGGGUCUUCUUUUAGGCUGAUAAUGGACAGAACGGAAAGAUGUUAAUGUUAAAACAAGCAAUCAUGUUUAAGACACAUUCCAUUUAACAUUGGAGAACUUCUAUUCUUUAUCUAGGUUUGCCUUCUCCAUAUCUCAGAAUUUAGCCACCAUUGUCCCGAAGCCAAACUCAAGUGUAGCCAUUGGUCAGCGAUACGGACUCAGUAACUUGGAUAUUUCCAAAAUAAACAAUCUGUUCAAGUGUGGUAAGUAAUGAUGCGAUCACUAGACAUCUGUCAAGUCCAAAACAAUUCAGUGACCUAAAGGAAAUGUCUGACCUUAAAGGGAAACUCCAGUGCCAGGAAAACAAUCCGUUUUCCUGGCACUGCAGGUCCCCUCUCCCUCCCACCCCCCAAUCCCCGGUUGCUGAAGGGGUGACUUACCUGAGGCAGCGAUGAUGUCCCACGUCGCUGCUUCUUCCUCCGCCACCGCUCCUCCCUGUGAUUGCGUCGGCCGGCAUGCGCAUUAGGUCUCCCCGGCCGGUGAGUGGGAUCAGUUUUGCCCAUCGGCCUACACAAUCACAGGGUGGAGCAGCUGCGGAGGAAGAAGCAGCGAUGUGGGACAUCGUCGCUGCCUCAGGUAAGUCACCCCUUCAGCAACCGGGGAUUGGGGGGUGAGAGGGAGAGGGGACCUGCAUCUUUCAAUGCUUUCCUAUGGGGAAAUGAGCGACGCUGGAGGUCCUCACACAGCGUGAGGACAUCCAGUGAUGCUCUAGCACAGGUUUGCUGUGCUAGAAACUAGGAAGUGCCCUCUAGUGGCUGUCUGGUAGACAGCCACUAGAGGUGGAGUUAACCCUGCAAUGUAAUUAUUGCAGUUUAUAAAAAACUGCAAUAAUUACAGUUGCAGGGUUAAGAGUAGUGGGAGUUGGCACCCAGACCACUCCAAUGGGCAGAAGUGGUCUGGGUACCUGGAGUGUCCCUUUAAGUACUGAGCAAUUACUUUCCAUUAUAACUGAUACCUUAUUAAUUGCCCUAAAAUGGACACUUUCGGAUCGGUUAAGUUCUGCUUGAUAGUUGCAAUGUUGCUAAAGCUUCAUGGCAUGCAUAAAAUAAAUCCAUAAACAGAUUAUAUGGAAUAUAUUUUUUCUCCCAGACAUACAAACCGCACCCAAUAGAACUAAGAACUCUCUUUUUCAUUAUUAUUUAUUUCCGUUUUAGAUGCCUGCAGCACCUUAUUGCCUGACUCUGCAGGAUCAUUUGUUUCUGCUAACUACCCCAACAACUACCACAAUAAUGCCAAAUGUUUCUGGCUUAUUCGAGUCCCUUCAGAUCAGGUAACUAAUAAAGAACAGAUCUUCGGAACAAUCAGAACACCUUGUCUAAUGGAUGGAGUAAAAUCCAAACGUAUCAUUCUAUUCAUUGCUAAGCUGUGUUCUCUCUCCCAGGUGUUCUUGCAGUUUAGUGCCUUCAAUGUGCAGGGAUCCCCUAGCUGCUCCUCUGAUUACUUAAAGGUCUACGAUGGAGCCAAUACAUCGUCACCGGUACUACUGGACAGAGCAUGCGGCACAGGACAGGUCCCCUCUUUGGUAUCUUCGGGGAAUAUGAUGCUUCUUGAAUUUGCCAGCGAUUCCAGCUUAACAGCUACAGGUUUCAAGGGCUCAUAUAACACUGGUAAGAAUACAGUACUGUUUGUUUGUGUUUUAAACAUGCUAUUCAUUAAAAUUGUAAUUUUGGAGGGUUGGCAAGGCAUUGGAAAUGUAGCUCAAAACUGCAAGCUAAAGAAAAUUGUCAAAACGGCGAUAUUGUUUUCAAUUUUGCUUUUUUGAGUAAUAUAUUUUCAAUGUACUCAUCAUUUGACCCUUAAUCCUAGCUCAGUAAAUAACCCCUAAAAUGUCACAUUAUUAAUAUUUUUAAAAUUUAAUUUUCUGAAUGCAGAAGAGAACACUGUAGCGUUAAAAUGCAGGUUUUUAUUCCUAACCCUAUAGGUUUCAUUUAAGAAGACCAAGUGAAAAGAAUUGUGGCACAAAUCUUACACAACUGCUGGAUAAGCAUUCGUUGAGUUGAGCUAUUUCAAUUGCUUUUGUGUGAUUUGUUCAUUGCAAACAGCUGAAAGUCUGUACAUUUUGACAAUCAACUUGAUUUUCAAUGGGCGUUGAAUAAUUGUGAUUACAACUGUAUAUAAUAUUGUUAAAUAAUAUCUCAUUUUGGACUAUGUGUAUGUAUGCACCAAAAUCAAAAAGUAUCUUUACUUCUUCCCUAGUAAAAUGUGGAUCCACGCUUACCAGCUACUCUGGGGUCUUCUCCUCUCCAAAUUACCCAUCCAGUUACCCUGCUUUAGCACAAUGUACAUGGGUGAUCAUUGCUCCAGUGGGAUUUAAGGUAACUAAGAAGAUUCAUUCUCAGUAUGUAAUUUUUCAUUGCAAUCUCUGACUUUACAGCCCCCAUUUCUUGAUAGUAUUGUGUUGCCACAACCAGAUGCAUAUAGUUGUUCUUCAGACAGAUAAGCUCUGUUCGGUACAUUAGGCUAGAUAUUGUGUCUGGUCUUCAAGGAACCCCAAUGAUUCAGAAGAUCUACAAAGAAAGCUUAUAUCUACACAAGGGCCACUAAUUAUCCUUGAGGUUUGGUUUUGAGAACAACUGCUCUAAAUCAUAUCUGUUCCUUUUAAAAAUUUUAAAUAAUAUGUAAGUACGCGUGUCCUGAAGUUCCACCUUAUAUUCCUGCAAUGUAACUGGAUUUCUAAUCUCAUUCUCUAGGUUUCUUUGAAUAUGACAGAUUUUUAUUUGGAAAUUCAGCGUUCCUGCUCUAAUGACUAUUUGGUUUUCUAUGAUGGACCCACACCAACAUCUCCACAGAUUGGCAAAUACUGUAGUAUGGCUAAAGUUCUCACCAUAACAUCCACCAAAAAUUAUCUCGUCAUUCAGUUUGUCAGUGAUGAGUCUGUACAGACUAGAGGAUUCCUGGCCAAAUACGCAUUUGGUAAGUUGUGGUAGAACAAUAUCAGAAUCAAAAAUGUAUUUCUAGCCCUUGGUGUAGGAACAUGGAAAGGAAAGUAUGGGCUAUAUUUAUUUGACAUAUAAUUCAAUAUUAAUUUGUUAUAAAAGUGGUAAGAAAGAAGUAACGAGACUUUAUAUUUAAAGAGAUAUAUUUGAGAGUAAUGGAUAUAUAUUUGAAUGUUUUAAAACAACACUCGUUGAGUUGUAUUGCUUUAUAAACACGGCAGCAAGUGGUUCUGUAGCAAGAAUCUCCUGUAGUAUUGGAUGAACUAUUGGAUUAUUUUAGAAUGGCUUAAAGGGACACUCCACUGCCCAAAUACAAAAAUAAAAAUCAAUGUUUAGUAGCUGUACCCCAAAUGACAACAUAUCUAAAAACAGCUUGCAAAAGCAAUCUAAGGUCUUUGCAAACCCUCCCAUUCUAACCCCGCCCAGACUUCCUCCAUCUGUCCAAUCACAGACUUCCCAAAGCAACUCAGUGAGAAUUCUUUGCAUGGCAGGUGCUCUGGGCAAUUGCGGUCUCUUGAGUUUAGUUCCACUCAGUUAAACAACUAGGAAGUAACAGGACCAGUUACCUGAUUGACAGUCAGGAGGUAUAACAAGGUUAAUUUAUAAAUGUAACAAUUUGUUUUGAAACCUGCACUUUUCAUAAAAUGAAAAGAAUAAAAAAGACAGCAAGGUAAAGUGCUUCACAGGUCUGAAGUGUCCCUUAAAGAAACAUACACAGGAUUAUGGUACUCUCGUUAUAUCCAUAUGGUCCAUCUCUUUACAUUGCAAUUUAUGGUUUCUUCAUUUUAAUUUUUUUUUUUUUUACAGUGCCGCAGAAUUAA